CGGUGUCUUUAAAUGUCCUGCCAUUAUUCGUCGAAAAGCAGCAGUUGCAGAUAGUAGUGUAGGUUGGUUGUUUUUCUGACGGAAAUAAAUAAUCGAACAUUGGAUACGUUUAACCAUUUGGGAUGGUUACAUCUUUAAGUAUUUAUUUGAAACCGGUACCGUUUUUUUUUUCCAUUUUAAGGAUUUAAGUAAGAUGAACGCCGAUAGAUAAAUCGCGGCUUGUCUCUCUUCCCACAGACAGUUGCUAUUUUCUGCCGCAGUCAGAUAUUUUCAGCUAACCUUUGCAUCUAGCCAGCCUCAGUUAGUUUUUAGCCAGGUAGCUACAGUGUAGCUACAUACGUUAUAUUUUGUGUUUUCGUAAUUAUCUUAGUACAUGCCUGAUAUUUAGUGAAGUACUGUAUUUGUUUUCUUCAGUCAACCAGUACGUAACGGUUGUUAGCUAGCAGCUUACUUAACUCACUGCUAGCUACACUAGCCAUGAUACUAGUUACAAGCUAAAACUAUCGCUAGUAAUACUAGCUAAUCAUAUUUUCAGGUAGCACCGAGUGUUUGACGUUUAGAUCUACCGUUUAGGCAACGGAUUCUGAUGUACCAGGCUAGCUACCGUAAUAAUGUAUUUGUGUGACUGUUGAUAUUCUGUAUUACAGUUAGCGCAGGUAGCUAUUUAGCUAAGAAUUAAGUGGUGUCGAACUACUGGAGCUAGUUAGCACAUUAGCUAAUUUCUAGCCAAAUGCUAGCUAGCUAACCAUAGCUUGCUGAAUAGCUGCUGUCUGACAGUGUAUUAUUUUUGCUAGGAAGUGGUUUAUUGACUAGAAUAGGUCGUCACCGUGUUAACGUUGCAUACGAGUUAGCUAGACUCUAUCCUUCGCAAGGAUCAUAUAGUCGAAUCUUGCAACCAAUUUGUUUCACGUUGGUCAGAGCCCUUGAGAUUGUGCCAGGCUGUGUAAAGUGAAGGAGUGGGGGUAAAAGACUAGUGAAACGCACACAGUGCCCUUUGUGCCAGUGGCCCUGUCUCUACCAGCGAAGCACAACACUUCCUGCCUGCUCGGCUCUGUUCAGAGUAGUUCCAGAGCCAUGACGAGUCAAAGGGAUCUCGAUAUGGUGAGCCUGCGUCUAAUCCUGGUGAGUGGGAAGACACAGGACUUCGUGUUCUCCCCCAACGACUCAGCCACAGACAUCGCUAAGCACGUCUUCGAUAACUGGCCCUUGGGAUGGGAGGAGGAGCAGGUCAGCAGCCCCAAUAUCCUGCGCCUCAUCUUCCAGGGACGCUUCCUGCAUGGCAACGUCACUUUGGGAGCUUUAAAGCUGCCACCCGGCCGAACAACUGUCAUGCACCUGGUUGCCAGAGAAACCUUGCCAGAGCCAAACUCGCAUGGUCAGCGCAACAGGGAGAAGACCACAGAGAGCAACUGUUGUCUGCUCUUGUAAAGAGGACCACCACCAACAACAACAACAACAACCCCCCCCCCCCCCCCCCCCCCAACACACAUUCAACCCCCUGGUCGUCUUCUACCUGCCUGUCAUCCAUGGAUUUUGGGAGAUCACAGAGGGUCGGGUCAAUGGGCUGUCAGUGUGCCGUCUGUCACACAUGUUGAUUGCAUUCUGGCCCAAUAUGUGGAUUAGGAAUUUUUGUUUUUUGUGCCAAUUGAUUAAAAUCAAUAGUGUUUUUUUUUUUCCUUUUCAUUUUGUUCACCCUUCUGCCAAAUUCUGCCUUUUCUUCUCUGUGUUGUAAAACCGUGUUAACAAUUUGUACAUAUAAUCUGAGUGAGCCCUGGCUGGGCUGGCUGAGUGACCAGACUCCCUUUGCAGAGUAACGCUGGCGCAACGUUGGAACUCUGACCCGCUCUGUGGCGGCUGUUCCGUUUGCCUGUGAAGACGGUCCUCUCAACGUGCUCUUCCGCCGAUCACACAAACGUUUCCACGGGUCUUUGUAGAAUAAUGUCAAACCUCUCAUUGCACUUAACUGGCUGGUUUCUUGUACCUCUUAUGUAUAGUCCUAUUUUUUCCAUCCCCUCACAGUUUUGGGGGGAAAGAGGAUACUGUCCUACUGUUAGAGGGACGGCCGUGCUCUUCAGGUGUCGGCGAUGUACAAUAGAGUAGUUAUCCUGUGGGCAGAGUUUAGUCUGCUGUGACACCAGUGCGCUGGAGUGCUGUGUCUGUCUGGGCUGUGGGGUGUGACUCGGCCUGUCCCUGGGCUAGGACCAACGCAGCCGGGGAGUUCAAACUUAGAAAGGGACAGUUGUGUCAAAUACCUGGUUAUGGUUGGGGGGGGGGGGGGGUUGUUGUCACACUGGGUCACCACCUCAAGGAUGAAAUUGUCUCGCUAGAUGAAGAACCCUAUACCCUUACUCAUCCCUAAAGUUUAUUUUUUUUCUUUGUUCUUUUAUUUUCUUCUUUAUUUACUGAGCGUAAAGAUAUAUGAAGGAUUAAUUCCGAGGGACCGUUUUGAGCGUGGUGUUCGGUUUGGCGUGCGCCACUGAUCACCCUGACCGUUCAGACAUCGUCUGUCCCCCAGGGAAACCCCUCCUCACCAUGCCCUGUCUGACCUGAGUGAGCCGUAAGAGAAUCGAGAUCAGCCAGUCUAUGCAGAGUGUACAUGACAGGACGUCUGGACUCGAGGCUGGGGGGGGGGCCCUCCUAGGAGCAAGUUAGGGGCUGGGGUGUGGUCUUAGGAGCAGGUUCCCCUCUGGAGGAAAUGAAGACGGUGGUAUUUGACCUCCUUUUAUGCUGUUGGUUUUUGCCUUUUAUUGUGGAAUUAUUCAGUAACACCAUUAAUAUUGGAAUUUGAAAAUGUCAAUUCUUAUGUGUUGAUAUUGUUUGUUCUGUUUUUAUUGCUUGAAUCCUGGUAAUUGAAUAUUUCUUUGUCCCAGGGGUUAGUAUGUGUAUGUCUUGGAGUGCGUGCGUGCGUGUGUGUGUGUGUGUGUGUGUGUGUGUGUGUGUGUGUGUGUGUGUGUGUCUGGGGGUUUGUGAAGCAGGUGUUAGAGUGCAGAUUGGUCUUGGAUGGCUGUGGUUUCCAUGGAAACAGUGAGGAUCCUUCCUUUUGAGUGACUGUCCUUUGGUUUGUGUUUGUCAACCAAUGUCACUGCUAUGAAACUUUGCUCAAUAUGAAUAAAUGUACAAAAAAAAUUAAGGAAAUGUGGUAUGCUUAAAGCUUGUAUUAUAAAUUAAUAAAACCUCUUUAAAUAAU